AUGGUGGAUCAGAUCAUAAGGCCAUUACAACGUGAAGUGGCCAACUUGAUCACUUGUUACAAGCACAAUUUGGAGGAGGCUGUCAACAUCAGAUCACACCGUGAAGCUUCUAUUUCAACUAGUGACCUUUAUGACGCAGGCUUGGCCACCAGCUUUAUGAAGAAGCAAGUUUAUCCUUCUAAAAAUCUGAAGGUUCGCCAAACUCAUCAUGAACAGCAACAGACCAAGAGAAUACCAAAGCCCUUUUCCACUACUAAAAUAGACAAGCCUUUUGAUAUAUGCUCUCCUCAAACUUCGGAAGACUUAGUUGAAGAAAGUGCAGUGGUGUUGGGGCCUGGAAUGAUAUUACUCAAGUGCUAUAUUCCCUUGUUGGAGCAGUUGAACAUUAUAAACAAGUGUCGAGAAUUAGGUUGUGGUCCUGGGGGGUUUUAUCAACCUGGUUAUAAUGAUGGUGCAAAAUUGCACUGUUACAUGAUGUGUUUGGGUCUAGGCUGGAAUCCUCAAACAGCAAGCUAUGGAGAGAGGCGCUGCCACGACAAUGCUGCACCUCCUCUUCUUCCUAAUGAGUUUAUUUCUUUAGUGUGCAGAGCACUUGACCAUUCCCACACUCUAAUAGAAAGAAACCUAAAGGUUGACAAUAUUAACGAUACACUUCCUAAAAUGUCUCCUGAUGUGUGCAUUGUCAACUUCUACCCUUGCAACGGCUGGCUUGGUUUCCAUCAGGAUCGCUAUGAAACACAAGAGAGUCUUGAUAAAAGGCUACCUGUUGUGUCAAUCUCUAUUGGCGCUUCAGCUGAAUUUCUAUAUGGCGAGGAAAGAGAUGUUAACAAGGCUAAGAGUGUUUUACUAGAAUCAGGAGACGUGCUAAUCUUUGGUGGUGAAUCAAGGCAUAUAUAUCACGGGGUGAAAGCGAUUCUUCCCGACACAGCUCCUUUGGUUUUGCUGGAAAGGACGGGACUUAAACCAGGUUUAUGAAGAUGGUGAAUUUAUUUCCAAGCAGCCGAUGGAGAUAUACAAUUUAGAAG